UUUUACGUCAGCUGAAUUUGAUUAUUUUGAACGGGUCAAGAUGGCGGAGAAGAGCGGGUUGAAGCAUCGGAAUCACUCUCAGCAAAAUAGCGAAAACAGCACUUUCGACGAAGGUGAGCAUGGGGUGGAGGAUGUGCCUCAUAAGAUGAGCCCUGAGGAAGAGAAGGCCCUGUUGUCGGAGGAAGAUGCGUUGUCGGCCAGGCCGGUACAGAUCGUUGUGGCUCACGAGGACGACCACGCCUUUGAGCUCGACGAGGCGGCGCUGGAGCGCAUCCUGCUGCAGGAGCAUGUGCGCGACCUCAACGUGGUGGUGGUGUCGGUGGCCGGUGCCUUCCGUAAAGGCAAGUCCUUCCUGCUGGACUUCAUGCUGCGCUUCAUGUACAACCAGACAUCCUGCUCCUGGCUGGGUGGGCACGAGGAGCCACUGACAGGCUUCACCUGGCGGGGGGGCUGCGAGAGGGAGACCACGGGCAUCCUGGCCUGGAGCGACGUGUUUGUGGUGGACAAGCCAGACGGGAGCAAGGUUGCGGUUCUUCUAAUCGACACACAGGGGGCUUUCGACAGCCAAUCAACUAUCAAAGAUUGUGCGACGCUGUUUGCGUUGAGCACCAUGACCAGCUCUGUACAGGUUUACAACUUGUCUCAGAAUGUGCAAGAAGAUGACCUUCAACAUCUCCAGCUCUUUACCGAAUAUGGAAGGCUGGCCUUGGAAGAAAUCUAUGAGAAACCCUUUCAGACUUUAAUGUUUCUUAUAAGAGACUGGAGCUACCCUUACGAGCAUCCCUAUGGCUUGGACGGAGGGAAGAGUUUCCUGGAGAAGAGAUUACAAGUGAAACAGAACCAGCAUGAGGAGCUGCAGAAUGUCAGGAAGCACAUCCACUCCUGCUUCUCUAACAUUGGUUGCUUCCUCCUGCCCCACCCAGGCCUCAAGGUGGCCACCAACCCCAACUUUGAUGGCAGACUCACAGAUAUUGAUGACGAUUUCAAGACUGAGCUAGUCAACUUAGUGCCAAUCUUGUUGUCCCCGAAGAACUUGGUGGAGAAAGAAAUCGGAGGAUCCAAAGUGACGUGCCGAGACCUUGUACAGUAUUUCAAAGCAUACAUGAAAAUAUACCAAGGGGAGGAGCUGCCUCAUCCCAAGUCAAUGUUACAGGCAACGGCUGAAGCAAACAACCUUGCUGCUGUUGCAGGAGCAAAAGACAUUUACAACAAAGGCAUGGAACAGGUGUGCGGAGGCGACAAGCCCUACAUGGCCCCCGAUCAACUGGAGCACGGCCACGCGAACCUGCGGCAGGUGGCGGUCAAACACUUCCGCUCGGUCAAGAAAAUGGGCGGCGAGGACUUUUGCCGGUGCUACCAGGAGCAGCUUGAAGCAGAGCUGGAUGAGGCCUUCACGAACUUCAUCAAGCACAACGAUGGCAAGAACAUCUUCUACGCGGCACGCACACCAGCCACGCUCUUCGCCGCCAUGUUCGCCAUGUACGUGGCGUCACUGGUCACGGGCUUUCUGGGUAUCAACACAGUGGCCAUGGUGUGUAAUCUCAUUAUGGGCGUGGCACUGGCUGCACUCUGCCUAUGGGCCUAUGUGAAGUAUUCUGGCGAGUUCCGCGAGGUGGGCAGCUUUAUCGACCAGGUGGCCGAGACCCUGUGGGAGCAGAGGACUCCACGAAAGAUAUUUUCCAAACUCUUUGAGGUGGCGAGGAGUCAGGUCCCGUUGGAUUCCUUGAUAACGGCCCAGAGAACGAGACUGGCCUCCAACAACAAUGUCAAGAAGAAAAACUAGCACCUGCCAGUUUUCCCCCCUUUCGCUUGGUUUCCAGUGUCCAUUUUUAGGACUAUAUAUAAAUGUUUUCUUUUUUGAUAGCUCAUGGUCCCCAUGCCAUGCUGGAUUAGUAUUUAAAAACUGAAUUUUAUACCUGGUUCUCACCACAAAUGUAGAGUACAGGUUGGCACUUUCAUGGUUGAUUUGUUUUCUCAUUACAUGUUGAGGGGAUUGUGGGGUUAAGGGUGGGUGGUAGGGUGACAUUGGGUGCUUAAGUUUUAUCACGUGUGUGCAUGAUUUAGCUGCCACGAUUUCCAUUUUUGAUAUGGAUGAAUGUGCUAACGAACAAAUUAAGCUUGCUUUCCUUUCCUUGCUACUUUCUCUCCACCUUCAGUUGGUUUUAUUCUUUUUUUCCCUCCCCUUCCUUUCAUCUGACGUCACCCCCUCUCCUCCUUUUGUCUUUCCCACCACUCUUGUCUCUCUCCCCAGGUGUUGAAGCCUCUGGGCGAUCACUAUAUGGAGGAUAACAUUAGGCUGAGUGUGGUCAACAGUAUCUGUUUGUCUGAGCGAGCAGGUGUCACAACACGCCAAGUUAGAGUAAAUGAGUGACCGACGGUCCGCUUCCCACACUAACACCCCACACUAACACUGCCAAUCUGCCCGUAUAACCAAAGUAAACAGCUUUACCCUCUGUAAUUGGUCAUAGCCGCUAUCACUUAACUCGGGCACCCAAUGAGAAGGCGGCAUUACGAGCGGUUGGCAGUGCGGGGAAGGAUGAGCCUGCCUCUUUUUCCUUGAUCAGACUGCUGAUUGGAUGUCUUGUGAGAUCCAUCCCCCCCUCAUGGAAACUGAUUAUUGUUAUAUGGUGACGGGACAUUUUGUGGCAGUUUAUUUAAGCGUGACAUUUUCCAGCUCAGUAGUUUGUGGUUGUCUGGGACAGGCAGCGUUUAAACCACAAUUCACUCGUCUUCUCUUUAAGAGCUUUCUCGUUUUCCUUCCCACUUGUCUGAGUGAAUGGAUAUCAAUCAAUGUAAGAACUACUGCUCUAUUUCACUAAAACUUGUCGUUGCUGUUUUGAGACGCUACAGUUACACACCGAUCGAGGUAUAGCUAGUUGUAGCCUGCUUAUCAGUUCAGCAUCACCCUCCCCUCACACCUCCCACUACAUCUCUCAACCAGUUGCUCUUAAGAUGAAUCAUUUUGUAUAUUUAUAUUAUAGUAUUAGAAUUGUUAUUCUGUUGCAAUUAUUCCAUCCAGACCAUUACCACCAAUGUGCUGUUUUGUACAGUUAUUUUUUUUUUUACUCAUCCAAAAUGGGGCAUGUGUACGAAAUAUACAUAUAUAAAUACAUUUUCUAUACCUUUUUUGUAGCUGGAAGACCAAUGGUUUUGUGGUAGGCCACUGUGCAGUUUACUGUAUUUAAAUGAAUGCUUUUGUGAUUUGUGUAUGUCCAAUAAAUUCUUUUUUAUA